UUCAAUUUUAGUAAAGUUUGAAGUUCGUCGAGUCAGUACUUUCUUUCUACUAUCUGUGUUAAAUGAUGUAUCCUUCAUAACCUCUAUUUCUUUACUCUCCCAGAAUUUUUUACUUUGACGUUUAACGUAAUCAGUGAUAAUAAUGGCAAAACUUGUAACAUGGAAAUAUCUUCUUUUAUUAGUAAUAAUAAAUUUCGUUACUGCCAAAAGAAUAAAGGAUAUGAUUUAUAUGUCAAUCGAUGGAGCUGCUGCUUGUUUUCGAAGACACAAUGGAACACAUCAGUUCGGUUGUUCUUCAAGUAGAUCUGGUAGUGUUGGAGUAAUACAUUUAGUGGAGCAUGAAGAUGAUGUCAGAUGGCUAGAAACAAAUGCAACUGCAGGUCCAUAUACCGCAGUUGUAUCAUUUUCUAUGUUUACAAGAAAAAUUCUUAUACGUUUGAAAAAUACUAAUAACAUUAAUGGCAUUCUAUUAGCAAGGAAUAUUAGUCAAGAGUAUCCAGAUUUUUAUUCGCCUGAAGAUACAUGUCCAAACAGAUAUUCAAGUUAUAAAAAAUGUAAUGAGAAAUAUCCAUGGAAUCCUUAUGGAUCAUCCAUUCUAUUGGAAGACUGGCCAUUUCCUAUGUUUUACAUGGAGAAUCAAACACUUUUGGAAGCUAUAAAGUCUUGUUUUUGGACUCAUAAUGCUCAUGAUCUUGAAAAUCAAAGUGACCGAUCUUUAUGUGCAUUAGAGAUGAAAUCUUUUAUGUUUGCGGCUAUUAACUCUGAAUCAUGUAUAAAACGUAGUGAUUUUUAUUUAAAUAUCAAUCCAACACUGUUCUGUGAUCCACUUGGAGAUAGAAAUAUACAUUGGCCAUUAGCACCAUUAAAAACGGAUUCAAAUUCUGUAAUUAUGGUAACAGCUAGAAUAGAUGCAUCUUCUUUGUUUGAUGGAAUAUCUCCUGGAGCUCGAAGUACAGUAACAGGCAUGGUUACAUUAUUAGCUACUGCAGCUUACUUAAAAUCUUUAAAUCCAGUUGUAAAAGGAACAAAUGUUGUUUUUACUCUUCUUAAUGGAGAAGUUUUCGACUAUAUAGGUUCCAGUCGAUUAGUAUAUGAUUUAAAAGAGGGUAACUUCAAUGCACUCGGUGGAGUUAAUUUAAAACUCAAUGACAUUGUAAAAGUAAUUGAACUUAGUCAACUAGACGAAGGAAAUUUAUUUUUGCAUAUUAGCAACAAUGAUAAUGAUCAAAUAAUAAAGCGGUUAACUGAAGAUUUACAAGCCCAAGUAUUAAAUGAUAGUGUCCCACCUACAUCUGUACAAAGCUUUCUGGAAACAAAACCAAGUCUUACUACAAUCGUUAUAGCUAAUCAUCACAAUCACUUUAUUAAUAAAUAUUAUAACAGCAUUUUAGACAAUGCCAAAACUCUUCAUUUCAAUAGAUCUAUGAGCAGUCUUGCUUCAAGUUUAACAAAAGUAGCCGUUACUUUGGCAGAGGUUCUACACCAUAACAUUUCAGGUUACCAUCGAACUCAUACUGGAGAUUUAACUUGGGUUGAAAAUCUUAUCUCAGAGAUGUUAUCCUGUUAUCUAGAAAGUGCAAAAUGUAACUUAUUUCAUGCAGCAUCUUCUCCAGGAACAAAAUUAGCAGAUCAAGUUUUACCAUUAUAUGUCAGUGUACACAGGGUACCUAAUACUGUUACAAUUUUAACUGGUCAACUUCUUGCUUUCUUAACCGGUAAAAACAUGUCAGAUAUGAAUGAAUCGGCAUGUUAUGAUCAUCAUCUUGCAUGGAUGGGUGGAUAUAAUUUAACUGGAAUAUGUAUAAAUUCGACUGUAAAUUACAGUAUAGCUUUAAGCCCAGCAUUCACCAUCAGUGAUUAUGAUAUGAAGUCAGGCAUAUUUUCAACAUGGACAGAAUCAAUAUGGCAAAUGCUAAGCGUAAGAAUGUUUUUGAAACCUUCAGCAGCAACAGAACAUCUUAGUAUGAUUCUUGGCAGUAUAGUAACCAGUACAUCUUUUAUCUUAGUGUGGUUUAUUAAUUCCAAGGCUGAUAUAUUAUUUAAUUCCAGACGAGCCGUAGAUUGCUAGGGAUACGCUGCGGACCACAUAUCAAUGACCAGGUUGGAUCAUCGAAGAAAUGAUGUUCCCGUAACAAGCCUUUAAAUAUACAUGUGUGGUACGCCCUCGGACAAUUUUUCUAUGUCGGUAUCAAAAUUUGGGUCUCACCUCACUAGAAAGAAACUAUUUCUCUUGAAAUAUUAUAAUAAGAUAAUGUGGAAUGUAUGAUGUGUUUACAGUGAGAGUGCAUGUAUGAUUUAGCGUGAAAUGUUUUAAGAAAUAUUCACUUCUUUAAGCUAUAAUAUUAAAUUUAGAUUUUCAGAAUAAUUCAAACAGUCAGGCUGAAGAGUAUAAUUCAUGGUAGAAUUUUAAUCGAAGCGUUCAUAUUUGAAAAAAGAUAUUUUUAUGAAAAUUAUUCAACAUUUGCCAACAAGUUAUAAGUAUCGCUCUUAUUUUUAUUGUUAGUCAACGAACUACUUUGACGAAAGACACUGUCGUGAUAUACUAUCGUCAUAUUUAUAAUGAUUAAGCAUUGUUGUCAUAUCCUGCUUACAGAUUUUUGUUAAUAACUUAAAAACUAAAAAUUAAUCUAUUUACUUAAUAGCACUCGGUAAAAACGUAUUUCUAAUUGAAUGAAUAAUGAAGAUUUCUAAUAAGAUAUAUUUAUUGUUUUUUUAUUUAAUAUAUUUAAUAGUGUAUUACUGUGUAUGAUACUAUAUAUUUUUUAUAGUAAGUUCACCAAUUACUUUCCUUUAUACAUUUCGUUUAUGUUGUAAAUGAUUUUACAUUCUUUAUAUAGCGAGUGCAUAGUUGACGAAAGGUCUGUACAAUACCUUCUGUUCAUGUAGUACAAUUUAAAUAUUUAUAAAACUCAGAAUUGAAUAGAAUAAUGUAUUUUUUACAUAGAAGAAAAAAAUUAUAAAGACAGACAUUUAAAUAGCGUUGUAUAAGAACGUGUAUACUACAUUUUUGGAGUGCCCAAACUGAUUUUACUAAACGAAAAAUCAAAUAUUUUGUAGUAUAAUAUUAAAACUAAAUAAAAAUUAGCAAUGACAACACCACUUUAAAAAAAUUAGUUGAUACCUAUAUGGCAUAAGUUUUCUUAUUGAUUGUAUUUUCUAAUUAUAAUCCAAGAAAUGGAAUAAUAUGUACACAGAAUGUAUAGGGUGAAAAAGUAGACAGACAAUUAUAAGAACAAAAUUUAUGCAUGAUUAAUAUUAUUUCAAGUAUAUCUUAUGCUCAUUUUCUUGGCAUAAACUGUGAAAGCCAAAUGUAAAACACAAAACUUGAGCAUAAAUUUUCUUAAUUGCUAUAAUAUAUAGUUUUUAGUUACUACACUAAAAUAUGUAGCAGGAUCUUAUAUUUGUUUUACAAAAUGCUGUAUAUUAAUAGUAACAAUAUGACCAGUGACUUAUCAGUAUGAUAAAGAUGGAAAAUUUGUAUUGCAAGCGUGAUGGCAUUUAUUAUCAAUAAACAACUUAUUUAACAGGG